GCGCGGCCGCGGUGAUUUUCGCUGCGAGCUUCCAGAGAAGGCGCUGGGUUCCCAGGAUUGGGGUCGAGAUGUCCUACAUCCCGGGUCAGCCGGUCACCGCCGUGGUGCAAAGAGUGGAAAUUCAUAAGCUGCGUCAAGGUGAGAACUUAAUCCUGGGCUUCAGCAUCGGAGGGGGCAUUGACCAGGAUCCCUCCCAGAAUCCCUUCUCGGAAGAUAAGACAGACAAGGGCAUUUACGUCACACGGGUGUCUGAGGGAGGCCCUGCCGAAAUUGCUGGGCUGCAGAUUGGAGACAAGAUCAUGCAGGUGAACGGCUGGGACAUGACCAUGGUUACCCACGACCAGGCGCGCAAGCGGCUCACCAAGCGCUCCGAGGAGGUCGUGCGCCUGCUGGUGACGCGGCAGUCACUGCAGAAGGCCGUGCAACAGUCCAUGCUGUCCUAGCCCCCCCUCCCCACGCCUCGUGCCUGCCCCUCUCUGUACAGUGACCCCACUUCCACCCCGUCUGCCCCCACCGCGUCCCAGCCGCUGCUCAGACCUGACCCAGGCCUCCUCUUCCCGCCUCUGAGGUCCUGAGACCAGUUUCCUCUCUUGGACUGGACACAGGACUGGAAACGGCCUGGAGCUGAGCUGUCGCCAGUGACCCUGGCAAGUGGGGAGACACCCCUUCCCAAGAGCUGCCAACAUGCCAGAAAAUGGACGGACGGGCCGGGCCUGUCCUCUGUGUGUAAGCUCUGCAGUGCCCGGCCCCAGGUUCCACACACUACCACAGGCACUGCAGAGGGUCGCCCCUCGCACCUGCCACCCCCCACCCACCCCACCGGGAACUCUGGCUUCCCAGGGUUCACCUGCUUACAGGAUCCACAUGAAGUUCAAGGCUGACAUUUCAGGGCAGCCCUCAGGAUCGACAAUUUCUGCUAUGCCUGUCAGUUUAACUUUUGUAUUUUUUUGUAAUGGCAACUUUGAUACAGAGUGUUUUUAUCUUA